GAGUACUGUUGUUAAAAACUGUUGUUGGCGGCGGUUGUGUCGCGUGUGUCUGCCCCGGACUUUGUGUGUGUGUCGCGCGCGCGUUUUACGUUCUGCGCCGCCUCCUGCCUUGCCACCCCCUGACCCCGACCACCGACCCACCGGGCGUCUACAGCAAACCCCCAAAUGUGAAUUUUGUACAUAUAGUGUUUUUGUAAUUACACGGAUAUCUCAUGUUGAGAUUUUCGGCAAGCAAGGCGUUCGCAUUUGCUUUGAAAAUGCACCCGGGAUACCGAAAUUCGGUAGUGCUAGUGCGUGUGAAAGUGCAGCAACCGCAACAGAAGCAACAAUAUCAAAAGCAAUAGAUAUACACAUAAUCAAAAGAAAAAAAAAAGUGAAAAUAAAUACAAGAAUAUACCAAGAACACAAGGAUACAAGCAGACGCCGUGGUAUCGGCGUAGUGCAACGAACUUUUCCUAACGGACCAAGGACUACUGGUAGCCAGUAACCAACAACCCACCCACCCAACUGACCCGCUCCUGGGUGUGUUUCUCGCGGCGUCCCGUUGACUCAUCGCUUUCAGGAAGCUGAACAACCCACGGCCUCAGCAUAGAAGCCCAGCAAAAAGAGCAGCAGGAAUAUCGAUUUUACUUGCCAGUCCCCCCAGCAAUCCCCCCAACAAUCCCCAUUGAACUGCACUUUGUGCUGAGGGGUACGAAAUAAAAAUAACUGUGAAAGCAUUAAAGGAGGCGUGGAAAUUAAAGAAAACAGAAGAAGAACAACGGAAAUCUCAGCAAGAAUUCUCGAAGGAACAAAAGCCAAUCUCAAAUGAAUUUCACAAGUCGCUCCUGCAAAUGCCCGCACAGCCAGAAGCAUAGCCAUCAGAAGUCCGCGCUCAUCAAGAGUCACACCUGCGCCUACCAGCUGCAGGACCUGGCCGGCUACAAUCGCGCUUUAAUGCCGCCCCUGGACAACACGGACUUCAGCAGUGCCUGGCGUCAGGUGAACAACAACUCGUCCAGCCAGUCCUGCGCCUACCACCAGCCGGAGAAGGAUCUGGAGCCGAAGAAGCAGUUCCACUGCCACACCUGCCCCCGCCAGCGCAAAAAAUCCUCCACCCCGGCACCGCCACCUCCGCAGAUGUGCCAGCAGCAGCGACGGAGCCGGUCUGCCUCGGCCAAACCGCGCAGGAACAGCUCCUACCACUCCUACGAUGACCUGGACUCCAGGUCGGCGGUCCUCAAUGCCGAGCGGAAGGUGGUGGCCAGCCUGAAGUACCUGUGCGCCUGCACAGGAGCCACGCUGAGGAAUCUCUCCAAGAAGACCAAGGAUCUCCAUGCCAAGAACUAUACUUACACGAAGCCCACGUGGCGCCUUUGGGGCGAAGAGCAUGAAAAGAACGCCAUUUUCACGGUCUACCUGAAGAAGGUCCGAUACCACCGACCCACGCCCACGGCCAGCAAUGACUCUGAUGAUGAGAUUUCCCACUUGGAAUGGGAGACCGUGCGAGUCCGUUUCGUCAAGGCAGCGACCCUGGCCCGUCUGGUGGAGGCCCUCGCCACCGAUGACGGGGAGCUGGAGUCGACGUUCAUCAACGUGUUUCUGUCCACCUACCGCACCUUCUCCACACCCAAGCAGGUGCUCAGUCUGCUGACGCAGCGGUACGACACUCUGCACGAGAAACACCUGGAGGAGGUGGAGCAGGCCCAGCAGAGCGGCCAGGCCAUGGACCCCGCCUACGAUCCGCACGCCUCCAUUCACGAGCAGCACAAGAAAACGCUGGUCUCGGCAUUGCAUGUGUGGCUGGAUGGUUUCCCAGAGGACUGGCAUGAGGAUAACCUGCAGCAGAUCUUGGCCUUUGCCACCAAGCGACUGAAGCGUUCCGAUCUGCAUAUCAAGGUGCUUAAUCGCCUGGAGCGGCUCAUCCGGCAGUCCGUCUAUGGCAACGGCAGUGGCGGAGGCGGCGGCGGAGGUGGUGUCGGCCUGGAGGGGAACGGUCUUUCCUGGCUCUCGGCUGCUGGAACGCAGCAGGUGCAGCAGUUUAUGAUUCCCACUCACUACGGCUCCUCCUAUGACCUGACGGACCAGUUCAACGGGCUGUAUCUGUCGCCAAUGGGUCAUGGACCCAUCUACCGAGGACCCACUCACUUCCUGCAAGCAUUCCGCUUUCCCCAUGUGCCCGUGCGCCACUUUGCCGAGCAGCUGACCCGCAUGGACACGGAGCUCUUCAAGAGGCUGAUUCCUCAUCAGUGCCUGGGCCAUACGUGGGCGCGGCGGGAUAGCGGAGGAUCAGAGACUGUGGUGGCCACCAUUAACCAGUUCAAUGCGGUGCUCUUCCGGGUAGUGUCCAGCAUACUCAUAGAUCGUCUGAAGCCACAGGAGCGCGCUCUUAAUAUUUCACGUUGGAUUGAUAUUGCCCAGGAGCUGCGCAUGCUCAAGAACUUUAGUUCCCUGAAGGCCAUCAUUUCUGCUUUGAACUCCAAUUCCAUCUACAGGCUGUCCAAGAUCUGGGAGGUGUUGCCCAAAGAAAGAAUGGAAGUCUUCACGGAGCUGGCUCGGAUCUGCUCGGAGGACAACAACGCGUGGACACUGCGAGAGGUGCUGAAGCGCGAGGGUACUGCCAAGAACCCGGAUCCGGCCAGCGAUCAGAGCGAUCGCCACCUCCAUAAACUAAUCCAGAAUCUUGGAACGCAGACAUCCCACGGGACGAUACCCUACUUGGGCACCUUCCUCACCGACCUUACUAUGAUCCACACGGCCAAUCCCGACUACCUCACCGAGGACAAGCUGAUCAACUUCGACAAGAAGCGGAAAGAGUUUGAGGUCCUGGCCCAGAUCAAGCUGCUCCAGGGAGCGGCCAACACCUACAACCUGCAGGCAGAUGCCCUCUUUGAUCACUGGUUCAACUCGAUGCCGGUCUUCGACGAGCGGGAGGCCUUCGAGCUGAGCUGCCGCCUGGAAGCUCCACCACCGGCGCCCCGCAAGUCCGUGGUCAGCACUAACACCUCGCUGACCAAUACGACCGCCUCCUCGACGGCCUCCAUCCUGGGCCACCGCAAGACUGACUCCAUCCACUCCAACUCGAGCAGUGGCGCCGGUUCGCAAUUCUACUGUGAGCUGAACAGCAGCACUAGCUCCAGGCACAAUUCCCUGGACCGGGACGCCCACCAUCAGCACGCCUCCCUCAUGUCCGCCUCGAGCAGUGUCUCCAACCUGUCCCUGGACUCCAGCAACUCCGGCGGCCGCCAGUCCGGCAAGCUGACGCACUCCCAGUCAAUGGGAAAUGGCCUCAAGUCGCAUGGGAAUGGCACCACCAAUGGAGGAUCGCCCCACAUCAACGCCCAACUGGUGCAGCCAGCGGGCGGAACUCCCCAAUCCGCCCCAGACUUCUACAUCAUCCGGGUGACGUACGAGACGGACAACAUCGAGCUGGAUGGGAUUGUGCUCUACAAAAGCAUCAUGCUGGGCAACAAUGAGCGGACGCCGCAGGUGAUCCGCAAUGCGAUGCUGAAGCUGGGCCUGGAGGACGAUCCGGAUCGGUUCACGCUGGCGCAGGUGCUGCCGGACAAGGAGCUGGUUAUGCCAAAGAAUGCCAACGUCUACUAUGCGGUGAACACGAACUACAACCUGAACUUUAUCCUCAGGCCCCGCAAGGACGAGGGCGUGCCGGGCAGCUAGUCGAUGGCCGUGCCCUUGUCCCAGCUAUGGUGUCUGGGCUACGAGGGCGAGGAGUAAGGAUUAGGAGUAUGGAGUAUAGUAUGGAUUGUAAAUAGAGUUCGACUCGCACAUGACAAAACUGGAGAAAACCAAUUUCUAUUUAGGCUCGUAACUCGUUAAGUUAUUUAUUGAACGUGGAGAGAGAUAGUUUCGAUUAAUCGAUAUUUUAUCGAUAUGUUUCUCUCGAUUAACCCUGUCAAUUAGCGUUUAGCAACACUUUUGUAAUCUCUGAUUUUCACCAGGCCCAGAGCUCACGGCACAGGUCGCUGUCGCUGGAAAACCAAUCCAAAACAUAUAUUUAUAGAGACUCUACUGGAAUAUUUGCUGAUAUUUACAAAAACAAACACACAUAUACACUUGUGUAAUAUUGAAUACACAACAAAUGAUAUUCUAAAUGUGGUACAAUAAUUUUUUGGAUCUUGAGGAGGAGCUUAGGACUCCGCCUUGUGUCUGUACUUUACUUUGAGGAUUUUCCAACACAAAACUAAGUGGAAUAUUUGUAUAGAUGUUUUUACCCACUGUACGUGUAUUAUAAAUACAAAUAUACACUAGCCGUAAGAUACUUAAGAUACAAUAUCCAUUUUUGAAUGUUUCCGAAUGGAGUGCACAAAACCUAAUUACGUUUAGUUGAUUAAGAAAUUGUAAUUGCGUUUUUGUAAGUAACCAACAUACAUUGCAAGCUAAUGAGUUAAGAUUCUACAUAGAUUUAAAAAUCUAAAAUACGAUAGACGUCUAAAGAGUGAAGUAUCUGAGAAGAAAAACGUAAUAAUAUUGUAAAUACAUUGAUUGAAGGCGAUAGCUUGUGUUCUACUGCAAAAUAAAUUGUACCAAAAUGAAA